ACACAAACUAAUACUAGUUCCUCUCGGCUCUUAUUUGUAAGAGUAUCUGGUUUGCUAAACCCGAUGGAAAUAUCAGUCCCCGUUCAGAAAGCCACCGUUGUGCCCAAGCCUUUUAUCAGGCUAAUGAGGCUUUUAGCAAGGACUCUCUAUGAUGAUAAUAAUCUUACUACGUUAAGCGAUAAUCAGAAGAAAUCUGCAAAAGGUGACAGCAGAGGGAAUAUCGUUAUGGUGUUGGAUGCUCUUAUGAGGUUUGUAUGCCAUCUCUUUACGUUCUAUCUUUAUGGCCAUAAAGUCUAUUAUGUGAAAUUAAAUUGUCACAAUGGUCUUUUCAUUUAUGGUAUUUCUUUUGUUCUAUGUCCUGCUAGGCGGCAAUGGGUUAGAGAAGAAGACUUGGCAAGUGACUUGAAGAAGAACUCCAAGCAAGUCCGAAAAAUAUUAAGACAUUUUGAAGAAGAACAUUUGGUCACACGUUACCAAAGGAAAGAGACUGCAAAGCGUGCGAAGAUAUAUAAUGUUGCAGUUGCUGCCACAGCUCAUGGCCGUGAAGUGGACAAUGUUAAGCUCCACACGCAAUCAUAUUGCUGUCUUGAUUAUCAACAUAUGUAUGAUACUGCUCGUUUGCGUCUGCAAAAGAUUAAAAGGAAACUCAAAGAUGAAUUAGAAGAUAAGUACACUCUUCAGAAGUAUGGAUGUCCUAACUGCAACAGAAAAUAUAGUGCACUAGAUGCCCUGAGAUUAAUUUCUAUGGAAGACGAUGCUUUUCAUUGUGAGAGAUGCAAUGGUGUACUUGUUGUGGAAUGUAAUAAUCUAUCUUCCAAAGAAGUUGUAGAUGGAGGUGACAAUGCAAAGAGACGUCAGCGGCAAAGACUCCAGUUUGCGGAGGCUUUGAUGGAUCAAAUUAAUAGAGUAAAUGACAUUCCGUUUCCCGUCUAUGAAAGUUUUCCGGAAUGGGAGGCUCGUGCAGCUAUGGAUGCUCGUGAAAAUGGUGUUUUUAAUAAUAAUGAUCCUUUUGGGUCACAGGGUGUGAAUGGUUCAACACCGAUGCUAUAUCUCGGUGAGACAAAGGUUGAGGUUAACCUUCGUGACGGAAAAGAAGAUGGAGUUCCUAGUAGCAAACCGAUGCCUCAAUGGAUGAUUAGGCAAGGAAUGAAUCUGACCAAGGAACAAAGAGGAGAGAUGAGUCAGGAAGAAAAGGUUGGUGGUGUCUCAGAAGGAGAAGUAUUACUUUCUGAUGACUAUAAACCAUCAGCCAUGGGAAAUGACAAUGAUACCUAUUUGAAGGAAACUUACUAUGCCGCUCUACUGCAGCAGCUAGAGGCAGCUCAAAAAAUGAACCAGCAAGAAUCUACCCCUGACAUUCAAUCGGCUACUACAUGCUCAGAUCGUCAGGUUGGUAUGAAGUCCAAACGUGAAGAUGAAGAAGAUGCUGAAUGUGAAGAAGGGGCUCAUGUGUCAGCAAAUGGAGCAGGUGUUGAAGAAGAAGAAGAAGAAGAAGAAGACGACGGUGUUGAGUGGGAAGAAGGCUGAGGUUAACUGUGAAUUGUCAUGUGCACUAUAGUGAUUGGUAACUUAAUUGUGAAUCUCAUCAUCUGCACCAGUUUCCUCAAAUGUUAUACAUUUAAACUUA